AUGGGUGCCCCGCCAGCCCCAGCCUCAGCUGGCGGAGUCGCCGGUAUAGCCGCCGGUCUGGCUGCUGGCCUCAGCUUCAACUCUCGUCCUCAGUACGCUACCGGGGGUACGGUCACUGCAGGAUACAAGCCUCAAGCACACUCCACUGCCCAGGAGGCCGGCGAGGGAACCGGCAAUACCUUCUUCUCCGGCAGGCUUUCGACACCCUCGACACCGAACCAAGGCGGGUCCGUCCUCGACACAUUCUCCAAAGGAUUGAACAACGCAUUGCACGGAUACGCGCGAACCCUGUUUCCCGCUACCUCCUCGUUUUCGAAUACGGGUCAGGUAAACUUUGCGCCGGAAGCUCAUACCGGGGAACGAUUCGAGAGUUUUGCGCCAGUGCGCAACGGCAAUGCCGCCAAGUGGUAUGUCGAUGGCAAGGAUUACAUGUUUGCCGUCUCGGUAGCACUAGAAAGAGCUCGCGAAUCGAUCUGGAUCUUGGACUGGUGGUUGAGUCCAGAGCUAUACUUACGCCGACCGCCGAAAUAUAAUGAGCAGUAUCGAUUGGAUCGUAUGCUCCAGGCCGCCGCAGCGAGGGGAGUUCUUAUCAAUGUCGUCGUCUACAAGGAGGUUACUCAGGCUCUGACCCUUGAUUCCCAUCACACCAAGCACGCUUUGGAGGACUUGCAUCCCAACAUCUGCGUCUUCAGACAUCCCGACCAUUUACCGGAUCGCGACAACGUCAUCCGUGACACAUGGUCGAAGAUCAAGUCUGGCAAUUACAAGCUUGGCGACGGACUCAAAGGGAUCUACGGCUUCAAGGAUGACAUCACCCUGUACUUUGCUCACCACGAGAAGCUUUGUCUCAUUGAUGGCACUAUUGCUUUUAUGGGAGGCCUGGAUCUGUGCUUCGGACGAUUUGACACGAAUGAACAUCCCAUUGCUGAUGCCCAUCCAAGUGAUAUCAGCACGGUCAUCUACCCCGGGCAGGACUACAACAAUGGUCGAUUUUUGGAUUUCCAGCAUGUCAACAAAUGGGAGGAAAAUGUUGUGUCCCGCCUCGAGCAUUCAAGGAUGGGCUGGACCGAUGUCGCCAUGUCAUUGGUCGGCCCAGGCGUCGAAGACCUGAAGACGCACUUCAUACAGCGGUGGAACUUCAUCUACGAUUCCAAAUACGAUGCUCGCGGCGUCGUCAAAUACAAACGCCUGGACGAUUCCGCCAUCAGGGGUGGCCACGGCUACCACCGCCGUCACCUCAAGGAGAAGCUCAAGGAGAACCUCUACGAGGAUGGUGACUACCCGGAGGGUGAUUACUACGGUAGACCACCUCCCAGGCGUGAGGAGCCCGAGGGCGUUCGGAUCCAGAUCUGCCGUUCGAUCAGCAAGUGGUCUCAUGGCACAAUCGAGACGGAGCACUCCGUUGCGAACGCGUACAUCGAGAUCAUCCAGGCGGCCAGACAUUUCGUCUACAUGGAGAACCAGUUCUUCAUCACUGCUACCGACCCUAACCAGAAGCCGAUCCUGAACAUGAUUGGACGCGCUAUCGUGGACAGGAUCAUUCGUGCGCAUCACGAUGCCGAAAGGUUUAGGAUCGUCGUGGUCAUCCCUGCAAUCCCUGGGUUCGCGGGAGAUUUACAAGGCGAUGAUGCUCUUGGCACCAGGGCGAUUAUGGAGUUUCAGUACAGAUCUAUAAACCGUGACCGUGGAUACUCCAUCUACGAGCAGCUCAAAAAGGCCGGCGUCGAUCCGAAGGAAUACAUUCGCUUCUACAACUUGAGAUCGUACGACAGGAUCAACACUGCUGGAGCGAAGAUAGGAGGCGAGCAGACGGGUGUCAACUACGAGGCUGCCGCCCGAGCUCACGACGAAGCCGUUGGCGGUGGUGUCGGCUACGGUGCCCAAGGCGGCCAGGCAGGGCAAUACGGAGCACCUGUCAGGGGUGACGAAUAUACCCGCUAUCAAAAGAACGCACCUAACCUCCGCUCCAAGGGGGAAUGGGACUCUGUUGCCAAGUGUGUCAUGCUCGGCGGAGGCGAUAUCCGCCAGGUCCCGUGGGAUGGAAAUCCUGACGAGGAGAUCAACGCUUUCGUCAGCGAGGAACUAUACGUGCAUUCCAAGCUUCUGAUCGCCGAUGACCGUAUCGUCCUCAUGGGUUCCGCCAACCUCAAUGACCGUUCGCAGCUCGGUGACCACGACUCGGAAAUCGCCUGUGUCAUCGAAGACCCGACCCCUCUGCCAUCGCACAUGAACGGUCGCCGAUACACUGCAGCACACUUCGCGGCGACGCUUCGGCGGCAGAUCUUCCGCAAGCACCUCGGUCUCAUCCCCGCGCAGAACUUCCACACAGUGGACGAAAACAUGCAGCCCGUUCCGGUGCCCAACAUCUACGACUUUGACUCUCCGGAAGACCGACUCGUCGAGGACCCGCUGUCGGACGAGUUCUGGGGCUUCUGGAACCAGACGGCAAAGAUCAACACGGACGUCUUCGCGAAGGUGUUCCACUCCGUGCCGCACGAUCUCGUCACGAACUGGAAGCUGUACGACGAGUACUGGGGUAAACACUUUGCGACGCCCAAGCCGGCGAAGAAGGAGGCUGGCGUCGAGCCCGAGAAGCCAAAGCCCGCUGAGCCGUGGGGUCACGUGGUGCGAAGCGAGUUCUCGCCUGGCGCGCAGGGCGCAAGGGAGGUUAAGGAGAUACUUAGUGCUGUCAGGGGUAUGUUGGUGGAGAUGCCGCUGGAUUUCCUUAGUGAGGAGGAUAUUGCCCAGGAGGGGUUGGGACUCAAUGCCCUCACUGAGACGCUUUAUACUUGA